CGACUCGUCAUCCAAGUCUUCGAGCCUACGCUCCCCGUGAAAACAACAACACCAGCAGAAAAGAUGAAGGUUGCUAUCAUUAUCCUCAGUCUCGCUCUCGUAGCAGCUGUCUUCGCUGAUCAGAACUGUGACAUUGGUAACAUUACCAGCCAGUGCCAGAUGCAGCACAAGAACUGUGAAGAUGCAAACGGUUGCGACACAAUCAUUGAGGAGUGUAAGACGAGCAUGGUUGAACGUUGUCAAAACCAGGAAUUCGAGUCUGCCGCUGGCUCAACCACUCUUGGGCCUCAGUGAGUGAACUUGUGAGUGACCUUCACGCGCUGCAGAUCGGCUCUGAGUGUGAGAACAACUUGCAUACAACCCUACGCACGCACGUGAAGUCGCCGCAAACACACACACACACACACACACUCAAACACACACACACUUACACACACACACACACACACACAGUCACUGAUAUUAGAAACUCAAUAAAAAAUAUUAUGGUCUCGAUUCAUUGAGUCUAACCUUCUUCAUAAUUAUCUAUAGUUUUGUGAUUGUAAAAAAAAUUAUGAAAACUUUCAGAGGAAACCCCGCGGACGUAGUGCUUAAAACGGUGUCCUCCAGGAUUCAGUAGAGUUUGGAAACAAUAAAAUACAGGGUAAUUUA